UUGUGGUUAGUUGAUCAGUCAGAUUUCGAGCUUCAUGUCACGCUUAGAUUUGCCUUUGAUUUAGGCCCUGUUCUGGAUCAUACUGUAAUUGGAGUUCCAGCCGGUUCUUUUCUGAACGCGUCCGUUGGUGCUGGCACGAAGCGGGAUCAGCGGUCGCAAAGAUUGUCGACGAUUACCACCGGCGGAGGCUGUGAGCCAAAGAGUGACUCGGUGCUCGAUGGGAAUUUGUGCAGUGAGAUCAACAUGACAGUCCUGGAUAUGUUAGAGAAUGUGUCGCGUGUCGCCUUGACUUCUGAAAUUCUGGUGUCCAGUGGAAGUAGUUCAUGCAUUUUAAACUUGGUCAUGCGGGUGAUUUUGCACAUGCUGUCUUGCAACCAGAGUCUGCAGGUGCUCCGCAACCUAUUUGCCAGUCAAAGGUGUUUUGUCGAAAAGUAUCCAGAACUCCUGUUCGAAGAAGAGACCGAGCAGUGCGCAGAUUUAUGUUUGCAGAUCUUAAGGCACUGUGCUUUUCGUCUGGAGCAGGUUAGAGCCGAAGCCUCUGCAUCAUUUUACCUCCUGCUCAGAAAAGCCUUUGAAUCCGGUCUCAACUUCGCUCGCGUCAAGCUACAAGUGACAGUGUCACUGAGUUCCCUGGUCGGUAAGGCGGCUGACGGCAAGUGGUUCAACGAAGAAAAUUUGCGACGCUCUCUGAAGACAGUGCUUAUUUACGCGGCCGAGGAUUCUACGGAUGCAUUUUUUGCUGAACAGGUGAAGGACCUGAUGUUCAACCUGCACAUGAUCCUAUCAGACACGGUGAAGAUGAAGGAAUUUCAACACGACUUCGAGAUGCUCACCGACCUCAUGUACCGAAUAGCCAAGGGUUAUCAAACCAGUCCUGACCUGCGAUUAACCUGGCUGGAGAGUCUGGCACAGAAGCACAUCGAACGCGAACACUUUGCCGAAGCGGCCAUGUGCUUUGUGCACAACGCAGCGCUCGCUGCAGAAUACAUGCACAUGCUAUACGACUGCCCUGCCGCUUCUGAUGAUGUAGUAGUCCCCGGCGAGGAGGGCAUGUGCGAAAGCCGUUACUUUACCGAACUUGGUCUAUGCGUACUUCUCGAACAAGCCGCUGAGCUAUUUGGCCAGGCACAGAUGUUCGAGGCGAUGUUUCAGGUGUACAAAAUUCUCUUGCCCAUAUUCGAAGAGCAGAGAGAUUUUCGGCAGAUCAGCAGAAUUUACGGAAAGCUUUCAGAGACGCUGUCAAAAGUCGAUAACCGGACAUCAUCUUCAGACAAAAGGAUCUUUGGAACGUACUUUCGGGUAGGCUUGUACGGAUGCAAAUUUGGUGAUCUCGAUGGCUCGGAGUUCAUUUAUCGUGAACGGCCAAUUACCAAAUUGCCGGAAAUAUCCCAUCGACUAGAAUCUUUUUAUGUUGAGAGAUUUGGUCAAGACAACGUCGAGGUAAUCAAGGAUUCGAACAACGUCGACCGGUCUUCUUUAAAUCCAGACAAAGCGUAUCUGCAGAUUACUUAUGUCGAGCCGUACUUUGAACUGUGGGAACUGCGUCGUCGUCUUACGAAUUUCGAGCGCAACUUCAACAUCAACCGUUUUGUUUAUGCGACUCCUUUCACGCUGGAUGGCCGAGCUCAUGAUCAGUUCAAGAGGAAGACGGUGCUGGUGACAAACAACAGCUUUCCUUACGUGAAAACACGAGUUCUCGUGGUGCGUAAGGAGCAGUUCGUACUUACGCCGAUCGAGGUAGCGAUCGAGGACAUUCGUAAGAAGACCAAGGAGUUGGCUUUGGCUACGUGCCAGGAUCCACCGGACGCCAAAAUCUUGCAAAUGGUCUUGCAGGGUUGUAUUGGUACUACGGUCAACCAAGGGCCACUGGAAAUCGCAAACGUAUUUCUGCGGGACACUGGUGUCGGCACUCAAGACGGUACAGUAACUCCCACGCUGCAGCACAAACUGCGGUUGAGUUUCAAAGACUUCUCAAAAAAAUGCAGCGAUGCUUUGCGGGUCAACCGCAAGUUGAUCAGUUCCAAUCAGCGUGAAUACCAAAGCGAGUUGGAGAGGAACUACCUCCGCUUCACCGAACAACUGGCACCUAUGCUAAUGUCCACUCGCAAACACCAGCUUUCUCCUUCUUUAAGCGCUAAAUGAAU